CUGCUCAUCGACUCGUUGCACACGCGCCUCCCGCUACUCCUCGCCACCAAGAUGGACAGCCUCUUCAGCCUCGCCGCGUUUGGCAUUGUUUUUGUCCCAAUCGUCUAUUGGUUCGUGGCCCGCCUCGUCCAGUCGAGAUUGCCCCAGCUACACGGCAAGCGCAUCUGCCUGCUUAUCGCCCACCCCGACGACGAAGCCAUGUUCUUCGCACCGACCGUCCUCAGUCUCACUCGUCCCGAGACAGGCAACCAUGUCAAGAUUCUAUGUUUAAGCACUGGGAACGCCGACGGAUUAGGCGAAACUAGAAAGAAGGAGCUUAUUAAGAGCGGCAUCUGUUUGGGCUCAGGAGCGAGGACGAUAUCUUUGUCUUGGACAACCAGUACGGCAUUGGCCCAACCUCGACUUCGACGUCGCCCUGCGACUGGUUUUUCAGAGCUGAUUCCAGUAUCGAAAUCCAGACAUGACUUUCCAGACUCGUUGACCACCAAGUGGGAUCACCAGAAGAUCUCCGCCCUCCUCUGCAGCGCCGUCGCUCCCAAUCUCGCUCGCCAACGAGCGAGCCCCGACACCGCUCCCACCUCCAGCAUCGACGUAAUUGUCACCUUCGACAACUCCGGUAUUUCCUCCCACCCGAACCACAUCUCUUUGUACCACGGCGCGCGUACCUUUAUAUCCGCCCUUGUCGAGGGGAAGAGCAAAUUCCCGUGUCCGGUAGACCUGUAUACGUUGACCUCGGUGAACUUCUUCCGCAAGUACUCCUCAAUCGCUGAUGCCCUGACAACCUUGAUUUUCUGGGCGAUUGGCCCUAAGAAUGAUGACGAGGACCACCCAAAGAACCUCGUGCUGAUGAACACUCUAUUUGGGGAGGGUGCGUCGCGGGGAACAGCCUGCAAGGCGAUGGCGGAUGCGCACAAGAGCCAGAUGGUCUGGUUCCGCGGAUGGAUUUUCCUGAGUAGGUACAUGAUGAUCAAUGAACUACGGCUGGAGCACGUCGAACGCGCAAGUAGCGCGUCACGAAACUGA